AUGACCAGGAACCAGCAGAGGCACGGAGACCCCAGGGCCAAAUCGGGCGUCCCCGGGGGCAUCCGAGGGGAGCGGCACUUUGCGUCAUGCAGGGCCCGCCCCUUCCAGGACCUGGGUUCGGCGUGUUCUGCCGUCUUGGCCGCAGCCGUGGAGCAGGAUUUCCGCGGUUGUGGGAACGCCUACUUCUUGAUUCUCCAGCUACAGUUCAUUGUGCAGGGGGUGGUGUCUAUUGACAGCCUGGACCACAGAGCUCUGACAGGAGACUUGGAGCACACCAUCUGCUUCACGAAUUCGGAGCGACUUUCAAACACCUGGCUGGACGUUCGUCACAUUGAAAAAUAUGUAGAUCAAGGUAAAAGUGGAACAAGAGAAUUACUUUGGUCCUGGGCACAGAAAAACAAGACCGUCGGUGACCUUCUGCAGAUUCUCCAGGAGAUGGGACAUCAUCGAGCCAUCCAUUUAAUUGCAAACCAUGGAGCAGCCCUGAAUCCUCCAGAGCAGCGUCAUCAGGGGGAUGGAUUUCCAGACUUGUUCUCCAAGGAAACAGCCAAUGUCGCAGUGGGUAAUGUUCCUAUCCUUGAACAUAAUAAAAAAGGAAUAGUGCUUAACUCUUCUAUCAGCUUUCAAAACAUCAUAGAAGGAACCAACAACUUCCACAAAGGUUUCCUCAUCGGAGAAGGGGAGAUUUUCGAGGUAUACAGAGCGGAGAUCCAAAACCAAACCUAUGCCAUUAAGUUGUUUAAACAGGAGAAAACAAUGCAAUGCAAGAAACAAUGGAAGAGGUUUUUAUCUGAGCUUGAAGUUUUAUUACUAUUUCAUCAUCCAAACAUCCUGGAGUUGGCCGCAUAUUUUACAGAGAGUGAGAAGUUCUGCCUGGUUUAUCCAUUCAUGAGAAAUGGAUCACUUUUUGACAGAUUACAGUGCGUAGGGAACACAGCCCCACUCUCCUGGCACAUUCGAAUCAGUGUAUUAAUUGGAACAGCCAAAGCCAUUCAGUACCUGCACAACACGGUCCCGUGCUCGGUCAUCUGUGGCAGUAUUUCAAGUGCCAACAUACUUUUGGAUGAUCAGUUUCAACCCAAACUCAUGGAUUUCGCCAUGGCACACUUCCGGCCUCACCUCGAGCCUCAGAGCGCCACCAUAAGCAUGAGCAGCGGCAGCAGUAACCAUCUGUGGUACAUGCCAGAAGAGUACAUCAGGCAGGGCAAGUUGUCCACUAAAACAGAUGUCUACAGCUUUGGCAUCGUGAUAAUGGAAGCUCUGACCGGUUGUAAAGUGGUGUUGGAUGACCCAAAGCACAUUCAGCUGAGGGAUCUCCUGAUGGAAUUGAUGGAAAAGAGAGGCCUCGAUUCAUGUGUCUCAUUCCUAGAUAAGAAAGUCUUUCCCUGCCCUCGGAAUUUUUCUGCCAAGCUCUUCUCUUUGGCGGGCCAGUGUGCUGCGACACGGGCAAAAUUAAGACCAUCAAUGGAUGAAGUCCUAACUACUCUCGAAAGCACUCAAGCCAGCUUAUAUUUUGCUGAAGAUCCUCCCACCUCACUCAAGUCUUUCAGGUGUCCUUCUCCUCUGUUCUUGGAUAACGUGCCAAGUAUUCCAGUGGAAGAUGAUGAAAGACAGAACAGACAGCCGCUGCUUCAUGAUCCACAUUUGAGGAAAGAGAGAAUGGCUCAGAAAAUCCCUUUUGAAUGCAGCCAGUCUGAGGUUACUUAUCUGGGCUUGGACGGGAAGACGGGGCGUGAGAGAAAGGAGGACGCUUGCAAACUGCCCAGUUCUCCUCCUGAAGAACGUUGGCCUCCAAAGCACGCGGCACCAGCCUGGGAUUCAGGGGCCCCCCGUGUAGAUGCGGACUCUUCUGCAGAAGCUGCAGGCCACGCUCACAGGAGCAGGCCAGUGGAGACCAGCUGUUCCAGUGAAUUUGUCUGGAAUGAAUGUGAGCAGAACAAAAAGGAAUCCAUUUUACCAGAAGAUAAAGAAGAUGACAAGUACUACCCAGGCACUUGAGUACAGGUGGUAUCUUGGGAAGACAUUGCCUUCAUAAGUAAUGCCCUGAGGGUGACCCAUGUGACCUUGACAAUGAGGAUCAACAACCUGGACGAUCCCAUUCUUCGCUCUCCAACUUGCAAAACAGGGGGCCUUAAAAGUGUGUUUUGUCGGGUAAUUGCCUCAGAUCGAAUCUAGGCUGAAUUAGAGCCAUUCGCGAUUCCUUAAGAUCCUCGGCCCUGACUUCGGACAAACAAAGCAGUCAAAACCUCCCCAACGAGACCGGAUUCUUACGUCCUUCACGGCAUUGAUCUGAGUCCUCAGAGCCUCGUUCUGCUAAGUGUGCUCAGUUGGAUUCCACUGUUGGGUGUAGCUUGCCUGUGAGGUUGUAGGAAAUGUCUAGUUUGUAAAUAUUAAUGGUUGCCCUUUAAAGAAUUGCCUUUCCGUGUACUUUGAUUGACCCGUGGCAUUUCCCUGUUCAUCCCUCUCAAGCUUGCCUGUGUGAAGAUGAGCCAGGCUCACCCUUGGCUAUGAUAUGGUCUCUGCAGAGAGUAGAUUUUUGCCCAAGAUCUGUAGUCUGUAUUUAAACUCUUAGGAUAAUUUAUCACAUAGAAUACAAUUGUUGACUGUUAUUAUAAGUUCUUUUUUACAACCGUAGGUACCUAUUAUAUCCUAAGUAGGAUGUAUGAAAUUUUAAUCAGGUAAUUUCUGUUUCUGAGAAAAUGGCUGGUCACAAGAGCCUAGGUCUGCUUUUUUGAUUCUGUACCUUCCAACUCAAUGCCUUUGUUCCUGCUGUGUCCUGUCUCCCUUCCCUUUUAAAAUCUUACCAAUCCUUCAGGGCCCAGCAGAACUGCAAUCCUCCCGAGACUUCCCUAAUCUCCAGCCAGAAGUACUCACUUUACCAGCAUUUCCAUAGCAAUAUUGCUGUAUUUAUAUUUUAUACUCGUCACUUUCUGAAUGAUACCAAAGUUGCUUGUGCCAUCUCUCUCUCUGACCAGGCUUGUAAACUGCCUGUAUUAGUUUUUACUGUUGCUGUAACGAAUCAUCACAGACCGAGUGGGCUAAGACAAUGUAGGUUAAUUACUUUGCAACUCUGGAGGUCAGAAGUCCGUGGCAUCCCUUCUGGAGGCUUUAGGUGCAGAUUCGUUCCCUCACCUAUUCAGGCUCCUGCUUUCCUUGGCUUCUGGACUCUUCAUCCUCAAAGCCAGUAGCAUAGCAUCUUUAAAUCUAGAUCUCUCUUUCUCUCUGACUUCUUCUUUAUCACCUAUUACUCAUUCUUUGGCCCUCCUGCCUCUCUUUUAUAAGGAUCCUUGUGAUUGCAUUGGGUCCUCACAGGUAAUCCAGGAAAAUCUCUGCAUCUCAAGAUCCUUAAUUUAAUCAUAUCUGUGAUGUCUCUUUUCUUCUGUAAAGUAAUAUAUCUGCAGGUUUCUUAGGACAUGGAUAUCACUGGGGACCAUUGCUCUCACAUUCCCUGCGUGUGCAGGGGCCGUCUCUUCAAGGCCUAGCCUGUUAUCCUAUACAGAGCAAGUGUUUUCUUAUGUCAAGUUGAAUUAAAUGAUCUCUGUGAACCCACAUACUCAAAAAUUCAGCUACAGUAAAUGCUGUUGGGUAAAUUAACAAAGUAGGGAUAACGAUUGUCUUUGUGAUGAUGGAUGGAAAUACUCAAGAAAACCAUUUCCAGAGAAUUUAUAACUGCUCCCUCUUCAGGGCAUGUAUAAUGAAAGGGUAGAUCUCUAGCUUCAGAGGAAUAGACACAUUGCGCGCGCGCGCGUGUGUGUGUGUGUGUGUGUGUGUGUGUGUGUGUGUGUGUGUGUGGUUGGGUUAGGCAUAGAUUAGAGUCCAGAUUUAAGAACAACUGAUCAAAAACAAGAAGUUAUCAAGAAUUAGGGGCGGGUUAGCAGACCAAGGUCAGAAAUGUGGAGCUAUAGUUCUGGGGGAAAAAGGAUUUCAUGGCAGAAAGUGAGCUUCAAGACACAAUAAGCCUUAGUCUGAUUGACAGGCCCAAAGCAGGCCCCAGGUAAGCAGUUAGGAGAGGCCAUGCUCCCGGGCACGGGCAGGUCUGCCGGCCGCCUGUCCAGUGCUGUCUUCCGCGUCUGAUCACGAUGUCUGUGUUCACAGUGCUCCCAAAUGGUCCCUCUGCUAAGACUAGUAGGGGAGCAGGCUUGGACUUGAUGUCAGAUGAUUUCAAUUCUUAUGACCUGAGCUGGCUGGCCACUCUUGAUUAUCCAUGCUAAUGAAAGGAAGCAGUAGAAGUCUUUGGCAUUUGGAUUUAUAUUAUGUAAACCAUUCUGAGGCUGAUUUACCUUGUUUCAUUUGAAAAUAAAAAACAGCGAAUGUGUUGCUUAUUUUAUCAGUAUUAACUUUAUCCUUCCAGAUUGGCAAAUAUUGGAGCAAUUGACAAGAAUAUGGGCAAAAGGACAUUCUUGUUCACUAUUGGCUGGAGUGACAAUUGGUACAACCUUUAUAAGAAGGCAAUAUGUCAAUAAAGAAUUAUUUAACAAAAAAAGAAGGCAAUAUGUACUAAAGUUGGCAAUAUGUAUCAAAAAUUUAAAC